AUGGAUGGUACUGCUCUGAAAGUUUUUUUCAUCCUCGCAACAGCUCAAAUAGUGUUUUUUUCAUCACCUGCUAUUGCUAAGUACGAUGUAGUGAUAGUCAACUUUUUAGGAGAGAACAUGACUUUGAAUCUUCAUUGCCAAUCGAAAGAUGAUGAUCUUGGUGUUCAUGAUCUGCCAUAUACUGAUGUUUUCGAAUGGAGAUUCGAUGUGAAUAUAUGGAGGACCACCCUUUUCUACUGUGAUAUGGGUUCGGGUGAUUUGAAAGGUCGUUUUGACAUAUUUGUUGCUAAAAGAGAUUUGAAUAGGUGCGGUAAUGAUAAGUGUAUUUGGCAUGUGAUGCGUGAUGGAUUGUAUCUUUACCUCAAGUCUGCUGAUAAUUAUGUUCACCAAUUUGAUUGGCCUAAGUGA